GCUGGGCGUGUCCCACGAUCCGGCAGUAUCAGAUACCCAUCAUCCAACCAAAGUGCUGAAGGACCAAAGGGCAGCACUUUCUUUGGACCGUUGGGUCCUUUUUUGCGCCGUCCCCGGCUGCGCCGUUAUGGGGCAAAUAUGCACGGUCACACUUGGAGAAAAAGUUCAGGUGGUGGGUUCUUCUGCACCCGAGCCAAUGCGGCCCAGCGUGGUGCUGCGCCUCAAGCGCUUGCACGAGGCUUGCCACAAGAACGACCUCGCCGGCAUCCAGCGAAGCCUCGAAGAGGGUGCCCCGGUGAAUGGCUGGGACGAGUCGGGGUGGACGGCAUUGCACUACAGUGCCUUUGCGGGAUCCACCGAGGCGACGCGCAUGCUUCUGGAGAAUCAAGGCGAUUGCAACUCUGUGCUGCCGGAUCUCUCGACGCCUUUGAUGCUGGCGGUGGAUGAGGCGCAUUUGUCGGUGGCCAAAUUGCUGUUGCAGCAUGGCGCCUUGUCCAAGUGCAAGGACGAGGAUGGCUUCACUGCAUUGGCCCGCUGCGAUCCCAGUGUGAAGGAGGAGUUCCGGAUCCUGGUCUCCGGCGCCGAGCUCUCGCGCUGACGGUGAAGCAUUGCUGUGGCUGAUUGUGGCUGUACAUAGCGCCAUGUCUGAAGACUGCGCGUGGUCCUGUUUGCGAAUUGGGUGCAAAAAGGGGCUGACCAUGACACUGGGACACUGGCUAGCGCUUUUUCGCAUUCCGGAAAGUUCCACUCACCCAGUUUAGGCCACAAUGGAGCCAUUCGGGG